AGGCGCUGUGAGCGCGGUGCGGGAGGACAGUAAGGCUGAAACAUGGCGGCGGUGCGGAGGCUGCAGAAAUGGGUCGGACUCGGUUUUCACGCGUUUCGCCAAAAUUCAGCAUUAAACUCGGUCAGAGCCCUGCAGCGGAGAGCCUUCCGCACCCAGGGGGCUCUGUUCCAGCAGCCGUUUGAUUCGUCGGCGGAGAAGCCGCAGUUUCCGGGAGCUUCUGCAGAGUUCGUGGAUCAUCUGGAGUUUAUUCAGCCCAACGUGAUCUCAGGAAUCCCCAUCUACAGAGUGAUGGACCGACAGGGACAGAUCAUCAACCCCUCAGAAGAUCCAAACCUUUCGAAGGAGACAGUAUUGAACUUCUAUCAGAAGAUGACGCUGCUGAACACGAUGGACCGGAUUCUGUACGAGUCUCAGAGACAGGGCCGUAUCUCGUUCUACAUGACGAAUUACGGUGAGGAGGGAACACACGUGGGCAGUGCGGCGGCUCUGGACCCGACUGACCUGGUGUUCGGGCAGUACCGAGAAGCAGGAGUGCUGAUGUAUCGAGGUUUCCCGCUGGAUCUGUUUAUGGCUCAGUGCUAUGCUAACGCUGAUGAUCUUGGCAAAGGUCGGCAGAUGCCCGUCCACUACGGCUGCAAAGAUCUCAAUUUUGUGACCAUCUCUUCACCCCUGGCCACUCAGAUUCCCCAGGCGGCGGGAGCAGCGUACGCAGUGAAGCGUGAGAAUGCGAACCGGGCUGUAAUCUGUUAUUUCGGAGAGGGAGCUGCGAGCGAAGGCGAUGCUCACGCCGGUUUUAACUUCUCCGCCACUUUGGAGUGCCCACUUAUCUUUUUCUGCCGCAAUAACGGCUACGCCAUCUCCACCCCCACCAACGAGCAGUACAGGGGCGACGGCAUCGCUGCGAGAGGUCCAGGUUACGGGAUGCUCUCUAUCCGUGUGGACGGUAACGACGUGUUUGCGGUGUAUAACGCUACGAAGGAAGCCCGGCGCAGAGCCGUCGCCGAGAACCAGCCCUUCCUCAUCGAGGCCAUGACCUACAGGAUCGGUCACCACAGCACCAGUGACGACAGCUCGGCGUACCGCUCGGUGGACGAGGUGAACUACUGGGACAAGCAGGACCACCCCAUCUCCCGCCUGAGGCACUACAUGACUGCGCGGGACUGGUGGGGCGAGGACGAGGAGCGGGCCUGGAGGAAGCAGUCCCGCAAGCUGGUGAUGGAGGCGUUCGAGCGGGCGGAGCGCCGCCUCAAGCCCCACCCGGACCUGAUGUUCACCGACGUCUACGACCAGAUGACCCCCGGCCUGGAGAAGCAGAAGGAGGCCAUGUGGAGACACGUCCAGCAGUACAAGGAGCACUACCCCCUGGACCUGUACGAGAAGUGACCCGCCCCCCUCCCCCCCGGUUCUGAACCCGGAGAAAGAGAGAGAGAGAGAAUGGACCCGGACCCGGACCCGGUACUGUCCCAAAUAAUAAACUCCACCUGUAUUCUCUUCUUCUUCUGUAGUAAAAACAAUUCAUUAUCUAUUCGGUUAAUACUGUAUUAGAUCUGCAGCUCGUCGAUACGAUACGUACCAAUAUAUUGCAAUAAAAGGGGAUCUACAGCUCUGGAAAAAUAAAAAUAAGAGAGCACUUAAAAAUGAUGAGUUUCUUUGAUUUUACCAAAUUGAAAACCUCUGGAAUAUAAUCAAGAGGAAGAUAGAUGAUCACAAGCAGCAUAAAGUUAUCCAAAAGCAGUGUGUAAGACUGGUGGAGGAGAACAUGAUGCCAAGAUGCAUGAAAAAAACUGUGAUUAAAAACCAACCAGGGUUAUUCCACCAAAUAUUGAUUUCUGAACUUUUAAAACUUUAUGACGCAUAUUCUUUGUUAUUUCAGCAAUUUCUCAUUUUCUGUAAAUAAAUGCUCUAAAUGAGAAUAUUUUUAUUUGUAAUUUGGGAGAAAUGUUGUCUGUAGUUUAUAGAAUAAAACAACAAUGUUCAUUUUACUCAAAUAUAAACCUAUAAAUAGCAACAUCAGAUAAACUGAUUCAGAAUAUGAAGUGCUCUCUUUAUUUUUUUCCAGAGUUGUAUAGAUUUACCUUUAAUCAUUUUUUGAAUUAAUAUAAAAUUAUAAAAUUAAAAAUGAUGAGUAAAAGAUAAAAAUAAAAUAUGAGGUUCAAUUGAUAAAAAAAAACAAAAAAAAAAAGAAAAUGGAUAAAAAAUAAAAACUGAAAAAUUAAACUAAAUGUUAAACUUUUCGAGCCACAUAUAAUAAUGAGUAUAAAAACAGAAAAUAAUAUAGAACAUAUUCAUAUACAAAUCUGAAUAAAAUAAAAAUGAGUGUUUUUUUUGUCCAAUCAGAACAGUGGGAUCUAACAUGGACGGGGGUUCCUAGUCUGGAUCACUUAACUAUUAAUUUAUAAAAAUAAUAGUGAAUAAAAGAUUUUAAUAGAUUAAAAUAAAAUGUAAGGUUUAAUUGGUUAGAAAAUAAAAUAAAAUAAAUUAGAUAAGAGAUUAAUAAACAAAUACAGUAAAAUUUAAACCUACAUAUCACAGUAAGCAAAUUAAUAAUAAUAAUAAUAAUAAUGAAACAAAACAAAUAAUACAAAACUAUCAAAAUAUAAUUGAAAUAAUGAAAGAAAUAAUAAUAAAAAGUCACAUUUUCAAUAAUGAGUAUAGAAAACACAAAUAGUAUGGAAAACAUUUAUAUUUAAUAUAUAAAAUAAAAAUAAGUGUUUUUCGUCCAAUCAGAACAGUGGGAUCUAAUGUGGGCGGGGCUUCAUAGUCUGGAUCACUUAAUUAUUCAUUUAUAAUGUAUUUAUUUAUUAGAAGAUGAGUCCAAACAGCAGAUAAUAAGAAGAGAAUAAAGGAAAGUGGAUUUUUAUGUUGGAUUGGGAUCAGUUCAAAGAAAGAAGAGUCUGUGAAUGUGACUGAAACGAAAGAACGAAAGAAUACAUAAAUGAAUGAAUGAAGAACACUAUAGUUGCACACGUGUGAGAAGAAGAUAGAAGAAUUCCUAUGCAUUGUGUUUUUCAUAGUAAUUCCAUUCACUUUUUUUUUCUUUUUGUGAUUUUUAUUUGUUUGUUUUAUUCUAUGGAUCAGAGAGAGAAAGCACAGCUGAGGGUUUAAAUCUGUUCCUUGAAAUCUUCACCACUAGAGGUCACCCUUUUCGUGCCUUUAAAUUAUAGAGUAAAGUAUCUGAGCAUCAUAGUCUGUGCUGUAAUAUUUCAUAAUAUCUCAUAAUUUCUUAUAUUUCUCUCUUAUUUCUCAGCUGUAGUGAUUUAAUAACACACUACUACCCAAUCCGUCACGGUAUUAUAACUGUAUAGUGAACGUGGUGUAAACUCAGUCCUUAAAAUUGGUUCACCUGAAAAAAAUCACAGAAAAAAGAAGAUUAACUCUAAUAAAAGUGCAAAAAAAUCAUUGUAUCUACAAAAGAAAAGAAUUAUAGAUUUUUUUUAUCAGGAUUUUUAAGUGAUUUGCGAUUGGCAUUUUUGUUGGUCCAUUUAUCGUGAAAUUCUGAUAAAAAAAAACAGCCAGAAUCAAAGAAAAAUAAAAAAAAUAAUGGAGAUAUUAUGAGCUUUUUGAGACAGUUAUAGUUAGUGUGUAUAUCGUCUCUGUCCAGUGAAAAACAAGUAUCUCAAACAGCAACCUUCAAAACUU